CUUUUCGCAAGUGUUUCGCGUUUUCACUCUACCGUCAGUCAGUAGUUGUGCUUUUCCGACUCGCCAUCAGCACGUUUUGUUGACACUUUUCCGCACGCGCGCGCUCUUUUCUAUCGCUUUUCAACAUAAGUAUUUUAAUUUUUUGCGAACAUCUUUGUGCUAACAACAAACUUCAUUUUGGUUGGGAAAAUCAAUCAUUCUGCACCGCUUUUCUAUCGACUCUACUUUUCAAAAGGCUCACAAACACUGAGCGGCCUGAUCCCGCUUGAAACUCAUUAAAAACUUCCUAAACGUAACUCAUUUGUUCCUGCGCAACUUAAAAAUCUCUGCUAAAUUUUAAUCAUUAAUGCAAAAUUUAAAAAGAAACAAUACAAAAUAACUCUUUAAGCAGGAACCAACCAGUAGAAAAAUGUCCACAAUGAGUGACUACGAGCGAAUAAGAUUAGUGAUACUCGGUGGACAAGGUGUUGGAAAAAGUUGUAUUUUGAAACGAUUUUUAUUCAACACGUACUGUAAUAAAUACAAAAGUACUGUGGAAGAUCUGUACAAUAAAGAAUAUGAUCUUGGACAUAUGACUUUGAAGGUGGACAUUUUAGAUACUGCCGGUGAUAUGCAAUUUCCUGCGAUGCGCCGCCUUUGCAUAGCCACUGCUCACGCCUUCCUAUUGGUAUACUCAGUGGCUUCCGCCCCAUCUUUCGACACUAUCAAGCAAUGCUUUGAAGAAAUCAGGGAAAAUAGGAACGAUUACCAGGAUAUUCCUAUUGUAGUAGCGGGAAAUAAGUUGGAUUUGACAAGCACUCAUCGGGAAAUUGCCAUUGAGGACGUUUCGGAGUGGGUGUAUUGUGAAUUGCCCAAGUUAAGAGUAAAAAUACUUGAAUGUUCAGCAAAAGACGACAUAAAUAUCAAAGAAAUAUUUCGUUCUUUUCUCACGCUGUCGAAAUUACUUCCCAAAAACGAAGUCGCCGAUUCGAAUACUGGCUUGAAACGAAGGUCUAGUGCCUACGUGUCAGCCACUAGUAAGGGCAAAAGGAGGGCGGAAAGUCCUUUACUGGAAAAGGACAAAGAAAAAGCAUCCGGAUCAGGUUCAUCUGGAACAGAGGGAAAUCACCUGGCUAAGCCGAGAUCACGCUCCCUAAUUAGAAGGGCGAGCCGAAAAACAAAGCAACAGAUAAGGGAUGCUCAGGUGGACGAGUGUAAUGUGUCCUAAAGCUAAGGGUCGAUGUUUCAUAGCCUUGAAAACAUUUUUUGUACGGUAAUUGUAAUUAUUAGAAUUUUUUUGUUAUUUAUAUAGGUACUUUGAAACUCAUUAGAGGCACUUUGAACAACGCUUUGAACCUGACUAUUGUCUAUAAUGGUCCCACAACAUUUUCGUGAUAACCUCUCUCUAAUUUUGGGGGUUAGUAGGACUUGAUUGUGGAAUAUUAUUAGGCAAUCCAAACCACGUGACAUUCAAGAUGACGUGGCGGCCAUACAUAUGUGCCAAAAAACACACAAAAAUAUCUAGUUUCUGCCCGAUCUCAUAGUUUAGGUACCUAGUCAACAAUUAUCUUAUUAAAUAAUUAAAAUCAAAGUUGCAAGAAAAACUCUUAAACAAAAUAAUUUAAAAUAUGCAUAAAAACAUAUUCAAAACAAACUUGCUUGGCCGCCACGCCAUAUUGACUUUUCCUUUUUGACAGAUGGAUUGGAUUGCCUAAUAUUCGUAAUGCAUUAAUAAUUAUUUUAUAAUUUCUUCAGACAAAAAUUAAAAAAAAAAAAACAUGUGCAGCGCCGUACACGUGGUAGAAGCAAUGAACUAUAAACUACACGUACCUGGAAGCGAUUUUACUAAAUAUAAACUAUUACAGCACAAGAGAUGCUAGCAUUGCAAAAUAUAAUCGCGCUCAGCACAAUCCUGCAAAAUAUAAUCGUUGACAGCACAACGUGGCUGAUUCAUAUAAAUAAAUCGAUUGAAAAAGAAUAUAGUUAUCGACUUUUAAUUUGAGCUAUACAUAUUGUAUGCAAAAUUAAACAGCAAAAAACAAUACACAGCGCAACAUUUAAUGAAUUUUGGAAUUAGGAAGAUUAGACAUGAUAUUAAGAAACAGGCUGUGUUUUCUUUUUCCGGAUAGGCGCCUACUUUAAAUUCUCUUUCCUCCCAUUUCAACAUUUUGUAUCUUCUUUAUACUGCGAGCAGUCGUCUGAACUUUUAUUAGUUUUCUUUUAUUAUUAUUUAUUAUUAUUAAAGCUGUUGUGAUGGCACACAUAUCGUUUACGAAACAAUAAUCUCUUUCUCUGCAAGUACAAUUUGAGGUAAGAUCCGCCACGUCAUGCUAGAAACGAUUAGAUUUUGCAGGAAAGUGCUGAGCGCGAUUAUAUUUUGCAAUAACGUCAAGGGCUAGCGUCUCUUGUGCUCUAAUAAUUUAUAUUUAGUAAAAUCGCGCUGGGAGCGAUUAUAUUUUGCGAUGACGAAGUUGGGGGCGUGUCUUGUGCUGUAAUAGUUUAUAUGUAGUAAAAUCGCUAUCUGAAAUGGCCCGGCCUAUCUCUAAAAUGCGGCAAAUUGGGAUGGAGAAUGUGGGGGAUCCCUAUUUCUAUUUUCCUUAUGGACAUUAUAUUUGAGGUUAGGAAUAUACACCAAACCUAACAGCAAUGAAAUAGAGAGGGAAAGGUAUCCCCCACUAUAUAGCUUUUUUUGGACGCACUAAGAGAGAUGACAAAUGCCAUGCAAAUGCCAUAUCCGACGUUGUGUGACGGUCGGUGCCAUUCCAGGUACGUGUAGUUUAUAGUUCAUUGCGUAGAAGUGAAACUUCUUAAAAACUACCUCCCCUUUUCGUACAUCUUUUGAAAAAGCGUAUGAGUUAUUCAGGUAGAAUAAUAGGGAGACGCUGGGCGUGUUUGGGUUGAAGCUCGGCGGAGCGAGCAGAGCGAUUACGGAGUAACGUGACGUCACAGGGAGAACACCGUGUCAAGCCAAAUAAACUUGUGCAAAAAUGCUGGGUUGAGCGAUCAGCUGAUUAUUGUUUAUUUUUCUUGGCAUAUAUUUUUUGGAGUCCGAGCCCGCAUUCCGCAUUUGCACCAGAGUUUUCUCGUUUGUUUUGCAUUUUAGUCGAUAAUUUUCAAACAGCCCCAUUUUCCUUUGUAUUCUGCAAAAAAUGUCGUGGUACAUGAACAAUAAAACGGACCUAAACACUCUGAAGCUGCCAAGUUCCCUUGGAAAAAUAUGUUCAAUAAUACCAGUGAUGAGGACAUGUUAAAAUUCAGGAUUGUUUAUUUAUCUUAUCAUGGAAAAUAGGUUAGAUUAUACAUUGGGUUAUACAGACAGAAUAAAUACAUCUGAUCUGCGUAUGCACGCUCCAGCUGCCCACCCCACAAACUCGAAGUUUAUCGAGCUCGCUCUGAGCGCUCAAAAUAUGUCAAACCAAACACAAUCAAGCGUUGUCGGAGCUUCAAAUAUAACGAAAAAGAGACAAAAGUGCAAGCUCUGAGUGCACCGAGCGUGAACCCAAACGCGCCCGCUGUCAGCAUUUGAAUAGUAGAAUAAAAACGGUAUCAGUGGGCGUGGCUAAAGACACUAACAAUAUGGCUACUCACACAGAGCCGAACUAAAUAAAUUCUUUAUAAUUUUUAUUAAAAAACAUAAAAAAUUUACAUUACGCCAAGAAAGAAGAAGUUGCUACACAAACUUCAACAUACUGAAACAGAAAAUCCUUCUAAGACCCACAAUAGAAAUUCUGCGCUUCAAAAAUUUUUCGCAUUUAAAACAUCUGCGGAUAGAAAAUGCGGCCCUGAUGCAUUACUGUCGCGUUGCUAUGACAAAAGUGACAGACUUUCAGACAGAAGAACACUCACAAUAUGGCGGAACUGGGUACACAUUUGUCUCGUCAUUUCGCCUCUUUAUUAUUCUACCUCAAUGGUACAGGAUUUUUACGCUAUAUUUAGGAUGACGUCACAUUUAGUACAUUUCUGUUGCCAACCUAACAAAAGUAAGAGUACUUUUUAAUGCAUUUAAAGUAGGGGAUUUUCUGAUGUUUUUGGUUGGCAACGGCGCGCGACGUUGCAUGACAUGUAUACACAUUUUAAUUUCGUUAUUUUCAGCUGUCGUCAGAAUUAUUGACACAUGACAUUCCAUUAUAAAUUAUAAAGGCGGAUUUAAGGCGAGUUUAAACAACUUUAUAACUUUAAUUUGAUGCGUAAUUCACAAUUUAGUGCAUAAGCUUUGAGUUAAAUUUAUUAAUUUCUAUGAAAGCGUUUUUACAUUUAUUUAAUGCUCAAUUCAUAAUUUAGUACAUAAUGGAUAACCUUAAAAAUUCCCAACUUUUAACUUUUAUGCAUUAAAUUAUGAAAAAACUGGACCUUUCGAAUUCUAUCAGUGUCAAAUUUCAAAAUAUCAAUAGAAUAUUAAUGACAUCUCAAAAAUUAUGUAUUAAAUUAUGAAGUUGUUUAAACUGGGGUUUUGAGUUAUGUAUUAAAUUACGCAUUAAAUUAUGAAAAAAUUGAAAUUUGACACUGACAGAACUCGAAAGGUCCAGUUUUUUCAUAAUUUAAUGCAUAAAAGUUAAAAGUUGGGAACUUUCAAGGUUAUCCAUUAUGAACUAAAUUAUAAAUUGAGCAUUAAAUAGAUGUAUAAACGCUUCCAUAGAAAUUAAUAAAUUUAACUUUAAGGGCGAGACCCCACGGGCGUAAUUGACGUAAGCGUAACUAAUCAUGUGGUUUAAUUUGUACGAUUUCAUUGGCGGCAGUGCAGCUAUCUUGAAUUUUUGACAUUACGCUGCCACUGCGGCAAAAAGUUGCGUUUUGUUGAACUUUUUGGCGUAAUCGUGGCGAAGUUGUGACGUUUGUUUUUGUUUGUUCUGAUAUAUGAGGUGGGUUCGGCUUGCUCACUCUGAGUGACGUCAUUCGCACUCCAGCCGUUCAGGUGGGGGAUUCUCAUCCUCUAGUCGCAACCUAUCGGCCCGAUAAUCCCAUUGCCGUUCUACGG